GUGAAUGAUAACGGACGAGCACCUGUACAAAAUAUAUAUAUCUUUUACUCGUUAAUUAAAUAUUUCUUUUGCCAACCUCAUAGUGUUCCUAGAUCCAUCUGAUCGAUCUCUAGUCCAAACUAUAUAUGGAUGUGUAGUUGAUUGAUGAUCCUUACUCUCCAAAAACCAAGUCUUUUGUUGUUCAUGUCCGAGAUCGAGCUGAAAUGAACCAAAUAAGCGCAAUGGGGGAUGAACAAUCCCUGAUGAGCCAGCAGCAAAAACCACACAUUACGGUCCUAUCGAGCCCAGGCAUGGGUCACGUGACCCCUCUUAUCGAGUUAGCGAGGCGACUCAUCGUUGAUCAUGGGUUCCAGGUCACCGUCCUUGCCAUCACCACCGACGCACCACCCGCCCAGGUUCAGCUCCUCAACAAUCCCUCUCUCCCAUCCGACCUCCACGUCGUCCACCUCCCUCAAGUUGACGUGUCAUCUACUGAUUCUGGUGACGGACCGGCCGGAGUAGUACCACGUCUCCUUUACAUAGUACAAGAGACCCUUCGCUCGCUACGCUCAGUUCUAAUCAGUUUACAAAGGCCAUUAAGUAGAGCUCUAAUCGUCGAUCCCUUUUGUAUCGAAGCUCUCGAAACCGCCACGGAUCUUUCUAUCCCCACGUACCUUUUCUUGACGGGUUCAGCUUCAUUUCUGGCGUUGACCAUGUACUUCCCCACCAUCCAUGCAGCCCAAGUUGGCCGGGACUACAGUAACAUCGGAGACAAGGUUUGUAUCCCUGGUUGCAAGCCCUUGUGGCUUGACGAUCUUGUCCCUGAACUUUUGAUCCCCCAACUGUUGAAUCUAUCUAAUCGUGUCCCGGUGCUCAAGGGCGUUUUGGUCAACACAUGGGAGGAGUUGGAGCCAGUAACGCUCAGUGCAUUUAAAGAGAACCCUUUCUUUCUUCGUGUACCAUCGCCUCCAACAUAUCCGAUUGGUCCGUUAACUAAAAUCGAUACUGAACCGGUGGCGUCAACUGAAUCAAAUCUGUUGAAAUGGCUGGAGAAGCAGCCGCCGGAGUCAGUUGUUUACGUGUCGUUUGGCAGCGGAGGGACUCUGUCGGCUGAGCAGAUGACUGAGUUGGCCUUCGGGUUGGAACUGAGUGGGAAACGAUUCCUUUGGGUGGCUCGGCCUCCUAGUCAAGCUAAUGCAUCCGCAAGCUUCUUCGAAACUGGCUGUGAUGAUGCCCGAGAUCCGGCGUCGUUUCUCCCAGAUGGGUUCUUGGACAGGACGCGAGAGCUGGGGGUGGUGACACUAUCGUGGGCCCCACAAGUGGCGGUGCUCAGACAUCCAUCGGUGGCCGGGUUUGUGACUCACUGCGGAUGGAACUCUGUACUGGAGAGCAUUGUUCAUGGCGUGGCGAUGAUUACUUGGCCGCUCUACGCCGAGCAGAAAAUGAAUGCGACAAUGUUGGUGGAUGAAGGGGUGGCUGUGAGGAUAAAGAAGCUUCAGGUUGAGCAAGAUGGGAAGAGGAUUGCGGGGCGUCGUGAAAUCGAGACGGCGGUGAGGAUGGUUAUGGAGGGUGAGGAAGGAAAGAGGAUGAGGCAGAGGGCCAGAGAGCUUCAGAGCAGUGCUGUGAGUGCUUUGAGUCAUGAUGGGUUGUCUAGUGGAUGUCUCACUCGCCUGGGAAACAAAUGGCGUGACGGAGGCACGGUUUGA